GGCAUCCUACUGGUGUUCAUUAAAAAAAAGAAGGGAGGCUUUCCUGUUGAAGUGAACACAUCAUCUUCAAAUCAUAAGUGGAAAAAAACAGGCUCCAGAGCUGCUGUUCGCGGAAGAGAGACACGGGUCCCGAGUUUUAAGCCAUCUCAUCCUAACCGACCGGAGCGGCUUGAUGCUGCGUCACCGCCGAGACGUUUGAGAGCCGCUGCCGGGUGUGGGGCCACUGAGAGUGGGGGGGAAAUAUGCCUUCUUUCUCAUGGAGGGUUUGGCCUGCACUCGUGGGGCUGUUUUUCCCCCACGCCGUAGCUGCCGAGGAGCCGUCGUUGCUGGACGGCUGGCACGAUGUCUGGUUCCUCCGUUUCCUCGUCAACAUGCUGGGAUACGCCACCAUCAUUGUCCCGGGAUAUUUCCUCAUUAGCUACUUCAAACGCUCCAAUUACCUGGACAGAGGUAGCGGGCUUUGCUAUCCUGCCAUAAAGGCCUGCGUGUUUGGCGGCGAGGACAAGAGCGGACUGUUGGACGACGUGUCCCUGUCGAGCAGGAACGAGCCUGAUUCGGGCUCGUCGCUCAAACAGGCCUUAAGGUUGAUCUUUUGUGCAGCCGGACUUCAGGUGUCAUAUCUGACAUGGGGCGUCCUCCAGGAGAGAGUGAUGACUCGCUCCUACGGAGCCGCGUCUCCGGACCAGGAGGGCGAGAAGUUCAAGGAUUCCCAGUUUUUGGUCUUCAUGAACCGCAUCCUCGCGCUGACCGUGUCCGGACUCUGGUGCGUGCUGUUCAAGCAGCCUCGCCACGGCGCGCCCAUGUACAAGUACUCUUUCGCGUCGCUCUCCAACAUCAUGAGCAGCUGGUGCCAGUACGAGGCGCUCAAGUUCAUCAGCUUCCCCACUCAAGUCCUGGCCAAGGCCUCCAAGGUGAUUCCCGUCAUGCUCAUGGGGAAGAUCGUGUCGCGUAAAAGCUACGAGUACUGGGAGUACUUCACCGCCGCGCUGAUAUCCGUCGGCGUCAGCAUGUUCCUGCUGUCCAGCUCCGCCGGCAAGCACCCGUCCACCGUCACCACGUUCAGCGGCGUCGUCAUCCUCGUCGGCUACAUCGUCUUCGACAGCUUCACGUCCAACUGGCAGGACAACCUCUUCAAGUACAAGAUGUCGUCCGUGCAGAUGAUGUUCGGGGUCAACCUGUUCUCCUGCCUCUUCACCGUCGGCUCGCUGCUCGAGCAGGGCGCCUUCUUCGAGUCGCUGUCCUUCAUGGCGCGCCACUCGGAGUUCGCCUUCCACGCCGUGCUGCUGUCCGUGUGCUCGGCGUGCGGCCAGCUCUUCAUCUUCUACACCAUCAACCAGUUCGGCGCCGCCGUCUUCACCAUCAUCAUGACGCUGCGGCAGGCCUUCGCCAUCCUCCUCUCCUGUUUCCUCUACGGCCACGCCGUCACCGUCGUCGGGGGCUUCGGCAUCGCCGUGGUUUUCCUGGCGCUCUUCCUGCGGGUGUACGCCCGCAGCCGCGUGAAGUCGAGCCGGCAGUCGGCGCCGCCGCAGAAGGUGUAAAGCGCCGCAAAAAUGUCGCGCCAAACUGGGAAAGUUUGACCACGUUUUCUGUGGUGCUAUUUGUUUUUUUUUUAAGUUUUUCCUUAGUUUCUUUUUGUUGACAACGGUACAAAAAAAAAGGGAUGCUGCAGUUUUCACCGUCACCGACGCCACCAAGGGGUCAACACAACAGUCAGAGGCUCUUAGUGCCUAUAUGAUUGUCUUAAGUUUUAAACUACAAACUGCCUCUAAAGCUCUUCCUCUGUUUAACUGUAUGUUUUUGUUGUGUGUGUUUUUUUUGUUUUUUUUUGUUACUUUUAACCACCGUAUGUGGCUUUUGCAGCCAAUUUAAGGUAACAGUAUGGCUCUGCAGUAAAACGCUAUCCAAUGUCCAAAAAAAACAAUAAACAAGGUUGGCCGGCUCCU